CCAAAACAAAUAUGGCGGCCACAGUAACGAUAGUAAACACAUCGUAUCGGAUCGUUUUCAGGGUUUUUCUCGGUCUCUUUAGAGUUAGUCUGUCGGUUCAUGUAUUUUUUUAAGUGGCCGAUUAAAUAAUGCAAUAUGUGUGGACGCUGUUCUGAACGGAGAGCCAAAACGAAACCGGUGGAAUAAACGGAAGUGUUUGCAUCUCGUUUGAACCUAAACAUCCGCCUGUGUAACGCGUGUGUUUACUAUGUUAGCUCGUCGUUUCAGCCGAACAACUGUGAAGAAAACAUGAAGAAAGUUACUGCAUCGUUCUUUUAACGUAACGAGGAGCGGUGUGAACAAGAUGUAGCUAAUAUUGCAAGAUACAGCUCACGUCUGAAAAUCUCAGCCAGGACGAACAAACGAGACAUGGACUUUGCCGUUGGGACGACCUGAGAGCACCGAGAGGUAAACAUCGAUACAUUACCAUGGGUUUGGUGAACUUUUUAAUCUCCACUGUUGGGAAAUGCCUGGACACCGUCUGCUUGCUGCUGGACCUGAACUUUCUCAUCGUCCACACCGUGGUGCGGACCACCCUGGCGGUGAUCUCCUUCAUAAACAGCCUGCCGACUCUGCUCCUCACCUCUGUGGUGGAGCUGGGAAACUUCGCCGUGUGUUGCUUGAUGACCAUGGCAGAGGCGACGUCAGACGUAGCCCACGGUAGCGUAAACAUGCUGGGGAGCUUGGUGCUGGGCCUGGAGGGGCUUCUGGAGAGCCUGAAGAUGGUGGGUUACCUGUCCACGCACGUCCUGCUUCGCGGGAAGGAGCACCUGUGUCGAGGGAUGCUGUGGGUGCUGGAGGGCUGUGGCAUCGCUGUCAGCCUGGUGGUCUAUUUCACUAACACAGUGGUCAACUAUGCACUCAUUGCUACCCAGAACAUUUACUUGGCGGCGGUCAAUGUGUGGCAGACGGUCUCCAGCCCGCUGCAGAAAGUGCUGGAGCUCACGCUGACCUCCUUCACCUUUCUGUACAGCAGCCUGGUUGGGACUUCUGCUUUCCUGUGGACGCCCUGUAAACUUGUGUUGGACUUUCUGGUCUCGCUGGUUCACAUGUUUGUCAGCAUCUUCAUAUUGAACAUCUAUGGCUUCUUGCUCACUGUCACUAUUGCUCUGACUACCACCGCCUACCUGAACCCAGAGCUGACCCGACAGGCUGCUGUUCGAGUUCUGGAUUAUAUCAACUCUAUUCCUGCCCUGCGCAGACUUCACCUGGCUCUCUACCGCCUUGUUUCAGCCUUGCAGAGCGCCCCACCCUUUGUACGUCGCGCCGUGCAGCGCCUGCCCAGGAUACUCCGCCACCUCUGCCUGCUAGAGAGAAGACUUUGGCGGCAGCUGUCUCGACUCAGCAGCCAGCUAGGUCUGGCUCUGAGGACACAGCUCCAUGGGGACAACAACAGCAGAGUGCGUGGCGAUGGCGACCCUGGCGAGGAGAGGCGGGACCCACCAGAUGGCAGAGCAGGAGAUGGAGCCCACCGGGAGACGCGGGAUUUAGUUUUCCCCUCAUCAAGCACAGACAGGCCGCUAAAGAAGCAGUCCUUUUCGGGCAAAGACAGUAAUCUUCUACCUGCUGAGAAUCUGCUGACUCUGCUGAAGGAGCAGGAGGACAGGAAGAAGUGUGUGAUCUGUCAGGACUGUACCAAGACGGUGGUGCUGCUGCCCUGCAGGCACCUCUGCUUGUGUAGAGACUGUACAAACAUCCUGUUGAGGCAGCCCAUCUACCAGCAGAACUGCCCACUCUGUCGGCACAUGAUCCUCAACACUAUGGACGUGUAUGUGUGAGGGACCAACGGAAGUGGAUCGUCCGGCCACAUGGAACAGCCUAUCAGCAUUAAUACUUACUAAAGUUUUAACAUCACUGACAGGAUGUUGUAUGAUGUGUUUUUACUAGGUUGUGUAAGGGAGAAGUCUGGUGAUAUUCUACAUUUUUCUAGUAACAAUACAGUAGUCUAUCUCUUAAUACUUUUACUGCUUCCUUACCCUGACUGUGACCCCCAAGCCCAUUCAUUUCCACUGAAGUUAAAUUUUUUUUAUUUUAUUUUAUUUUUUUAAAGAAACAACUAAGCUCUGUAGUUUUUAACAAAAAUGCUACUCGAACAGUGAAAAUGGGUGGAGAUGGGCUUUGACUACACAAACAAAACUUGUCUUGUACUUGGUUUUGGAUUUAUUGAGAUUUAUGGGAUUUAUUGACACAAAAAAAAAUAUAUCGAAUAUCACCAGACUUAAAUUAUAACAUUUGGUUUCAGAUCUGUGCAUCUUUUUUGACAAAGGAAAACAAAUACUAAAACAUGGGCUGUGUCCCAAUUCCAUACUACAUUAACUGCAUAUAUGUGUACUAUAUGCUAAUCUUAAUAGAAUACUGUUUUGUGGUGAGUAUAGACAAAAUCAGCAUAUAGAAAAGGAAAUGACACUUGCACUGUUGAAUCAAACUACAACAUUAAAAUGCUACUACAAAAAAAUGUAACUGAACUGUUCCACCACUAUCCACACUUUGUUGUUGUUUUGUUUUUCCAGCUGUGAGCAGCAGCUCCUCUAUGUCCUCCGUGCAGUGCAUUUUGGGAUAUAGUGUCCAUCUGUGAUACAGUACAGUCAAAAAUCUUUUUUUUUUUGUAUGCACACUGACUGUUUUGACUCUAGCUUUUUUUUAAUCUGUAGUACAGAUUCGGGACACAGCCACAGUCUCUGUUUUGGCACUAAGAUGUUUAAAUAGUCCUGUAUCUCCACGUUAAGUCUCAGGUCUCGUAGCCAUGAUAACCCGUCAGUGCCCUCCCUGAUGCUGAAAUGUUUACCACCGCUCAUGUCUUAAAAUGUUGUGCUGUCAGCGGGCCAAGCUGUGAAGAAAUAAAGCGGACACUGCGCUUUAUUGCAUGAGUAUACAAAUGACUGCACACAUGCCGUAUGUAUGAACGCUGCGUGUGUAACGGUGUAUUAUUCCAAGCUGCACCGCCACCUUUUGUUGUUCUGUUGUGCAAGCCUUUUAGCAUUUGAAUAAACGUCUGUAACAGAUGACCUUUUCUCACAGAGCAAUGUAAAAACUAAAAAAGGGUUUUCUGUAUUUAAGGAAAGUGAUCUAUAAUUUUCCAGUCAGGCCUGAUCAAACACAGCUUUAUUCCAUUUAUUUGUUCUAUUAUUGUUCUAUUAUUCCAACCACCACUGACACAUAAUCCAUAAAAGGUUUCCCCUUUCCUUUGUCAUUGUAAUAAAGAAUGGAUUUCUGAUGUAUGAAAGGAGCAUAAACUAAUAAGGCUUUACAAUUUAAUUUUGCCUUUUGUUUUUCCUCAUUUUUUUUCAGUCGAGGCUGAAGUGUUUAUUGAUCUGUGUUUAAAGUUUACAGGGCAUUAUUUUGACACCAUUUAAUUAAUCUGUCCUAGGCCUUCAUUUGCUUUUUUGAAAAGUUUUUUUUUUUCUCUCUCAAAGUCAUUUGUAUUGUUUGAAGAAAUUUUAUUUCUGUGUUGUUUUGUGACUGGAGUUAUGUAAUACCUAAUUACUGACAUCAUGAUGUUCCUUACUACAUACACAUAUAUCAUUAGUGAAAAUGGUCUGAAUGUCAGUUUUUGAUAAGGAUGUAAAUGGUUUCUAGAGAUCAGACUGUAGUCAGUAUACACUCUAAGGUUUUCCUGAAACGCCAAUGGUAUUCCUAAUAUAAGGAUUGGAGUGGAACUGUAAAUAGCUCACAUGACCAUCAUCUGUUGCUACCUGAAAUUUGUAUGACAGCGUGGGACAAUGUGAUUUGAAGACAUGAAUCUACUGUGUGUUUUUUUUUUAAAUGCUACAGUUGCCACAUAACGGGCAAGUCUUCUGUUCAUAAUAAAACAACAAUCAAUGAAACUGUC